UUUGCUGGCAAGCAGCUGGAAGACGGACGCACCUUGUCAGACUACAACAUUCAAAAAGAAUCCACACUCCAUCUUGUACUGCGUCUUCGUGGAGGCAUGCAGAUCUUCGUGAAAACUCUGACCGGAAAGACCAUCACUUUGGAAGUAGAAGCUUCGGACACAAUUGAGAAUGUGAAGGCGAAGAUCCAAGACAAGGAAGGAAUUCCUCCUGAUCAACAGCGUCUCAUCUUUGCUGGCAAGCAGCUGGAAGACGGACGCACGUUGUCAGACUACAACAUUCAAAAAGAAUCCACACUCCAUCUUGUACUGCGUCUUCGUGGAGGCAUGCAGAUCUUCGUGAAAACUCUGACCGGAAAGACCAUCACUUUGGAAGUAGAAGCUUCGGACACAAUUGAGAACGUGAAGGCGAAGAUCCAAGACAAAGAAGGAAUUCCUCCUGAUCAACAGCGUCUCAUCUUUGCAGGCAAGCAGCUGGAAGACGGACGCACCUUGUCAGACUACAAUAUUCAAAAGGAAUCUACACUCCAUUUAGUGUUACGUCUACGAGGAGGAAUGUAAUUUCACAUACAAUCUGUUUUAAAAAAAUAAAAAAUAUACAUAGUCAAGCUUA